AUGCGUUUGGCGUGUCAACACGAGGUGAGAACACACAUGAGCCAGAUUCAGGCCGUCCGCACCCAAAUCACUCCUGACACCUCUUAAGGGGCCCUCGGCAUCAAUGGCUCUCUGCUACAAUUACCCCCUCAGUAAUAAUGACAUAAGCACCCAGUUCCUUCCUGCCGGCGCCUUUUACUGACCUGAAAUCUGAUACCAGAGGGUAGUUAUCUGAUCCUUUAGGCCCAACAGACCGAGACAGACAAGACAGGACUGUUCUCAGAACAGUGGUUAUCUGAUCCCAGAGGCCGUGGAAGGCUGUUGGUCCCUCAGAUAAACUGAUUGUGUUUCAGAGUACUAUUGCCGUUUGCCAAAUUUACAAGAGCGAGAAAGUAUCCUCUGAGUGUUUUCUAAUGAGUUAUGAUAACCUACAAAAUAAAAUACUGUACAAUUUACAGCACAGACUUUGAGAUUACAUUUCUAAAGAUUUGUAAAGAUAAAGAAUUUCAAAGAUGGCAGCCCAAGUUACACAGCAGGGAUUUCAACAUGAUUUGCUUGGUUGCAAACAAGGCUGUAAAUUAAACAUGUUCAUUGGUAGCACUGGUGCGCCCAACUUAAAAGUUAGGAACACAACAUAAAAUGUAGGAGCACCAGAAAAUACGUUUUUAUUUUUUAUUGAUUGAGAUAUAGCCUAUAUUGGGCCUAGCCUAUAUGAAUUCUAGCUAUUUUUGAAGCACAUGUUGUGCCCUAGAAACCUAAACCCUAAUAUUUAACCCUGUAGAGACAUUUGUUUAUUAUUAAAAGGAAAAGUUGAUACAAACACCUGUAUUACAAAGUCAUUUGUCGAAAUAUUAGGUUUCUACGUUGUGUAAAAGCACUACCUAUUGAGAUGCAUUACAUUGGGAAUUGUACACGGUCUCUUUAAGAGCAUCAAGUUUGUGAGUGAAGACAUGCAAGAGAACGUGUCGCGUUCAAGACAACUUGGAAACUCAGAAAUGUCCGACUUGGAAACUUGUAGAAAGACGAGGUACGAGUUUCCCACUUGGAAAGUAUCAGAAUCAACCAAUAGAAAGCUCUACGUAAAAAAAAGUAUGUACAUUUUAACUGCAAGAUUCAGAGUUGUCUUGUACGCGGCGUCACUGGCGUAGCACACACUCCCGCAGCCCCAGCAAGGUGGGGGUCCACGAGUUUUGGGAGCCCCGAACCCAAGAAAAAAAUUAUAAUAAUCACAAUGGUUUUAUUUUUUUACAAUUUGGGGUUGGGGUCCACCUGGAAGUCGGGCCUCCCAGAUAGCAUAUGAACACGUCAAAAGCCAUGAAAAUAAUGUUUUGAAUUACAGGGAAUUAGCUUUUGCAACAUAGUCUCUCAGCCUCAUGGCAAAAUGUGUAGAAUAGCAGGAAAUUAGCUCAGGGAUUCAUGAAAGUUGGGACAAUCCUUGUCCGGCAAGGAAACUUUUUUUAUUAGAUUUUGUUGCAUUAUUUGAGUUUACAAUUUACAUUUAUGGGAAUUUUAAGGGAAAAUAUUUGGAGUUUUGGGAUGCGUAUUCCAGCAUGACAAUGACCCAAAACACACGGCCAAGGCAACAAAGGAGUGGCUCAAGAAGAAGCACAUUAAGGUCCUGGAGUGGCCUAGCCAGUCUCCAGACCUUAAUCCCAUAGAAAAUCUGUGGAGGGAGCUGAAGGUUGGAGUUGCCAAACGUCAGCCUCGACACCUUAAUGACUUGGAGAAGAUCUGCAACGAGGAGUGGAACAAAAUCCCUCCUGAGAUGUGUGCAAACCUGGUGGCCAACUACAAGAAACGUCUGACCUCUGUGAUUGCCAACAAGGGUUUUGCCACCAAGUACUAAGUCAUGUAUGCAGAGGGGUCAAAUACUUAUUUCUCUCAUUAAAAUGCAAAUCAAUUUAUAACAUUUUUGACAUGUGAUUUUUGUUUUGUUAUUCUGUCUCUCACUGUUCAAAUAAACCUACCAUUAAACUGAUAGACUGGUCAUGUCUUUGUCAGUGGGCAAAUGUACAAAAUCAGCAGGGGAUCAAAUACUUUUUUCCCUCACUGUACAGGUAGUGCAACAAGACCACUCAUGGUCUGUAAAGCUCUCUACUUUUUAUCAAACAAUAUUGGAAUCACCUUGGUCACAACCAUACUUUCAACUCAAUCUGCCUGAUAGAAUUUGAAUUUUGGUUCCAAUAUGUUAGGCCAACAUUUUAAUUAGGUUUUAGUCAUAUGAAUGACUGAUGCCGAGGAAAAACAACAUUGCUACUGUGUAUACAACUUGAAUGAAAAAUUAUAUUUUUGUAAACUCCGUGAAAAUCAACUUCAUUAGAUUUUUGUCUAAUGUCAACUAAACUCUGUCAGUGCUUAAAGAGCUGAUAGAAUGGUUGUUUUUAUUGUGGAUUUUCAAAUGAAUAAUUUUCCAUGUUUUACAAAUGUUUGUAUUUAACUUAAAUUUUUAGAGGCAAAAAUAUGUCUGUUUUGAGUAUCUGUUGUCAACUCCGUCAGUGGCUUGUCAAUUAUAGCUAACCCCCUUAAGACCUUUAAUAUUCUGAGAAAAUAUUUUUAUCACUGUUCUGCAGCAUAUGCUUAAACUAUUGAAGCAUUUGCUGUGCAAGACCUAAGGGAUGAUGUUUGCUUUCUAAAAUGUUUUUUGUUCUAAAUCUAGAAUUACAUGGCAAAAUGCUAACGAAAUUAGCUGUGGAGCAUUUAAUAAUGCUAACAGCAUCAGUCAUUCAUUCAUUGCUAAUGAUAUUGAUCUCCUGAAGAAGCUAUCCCUUUUUCUUUCUUUCUGUGCCAACAAAUGUUUGGAUAUAGGUAAAGUAACCACGAUAAACCAAAAAUUAUCGACACCAAUCAUUUAUCGCAGGCAUUUUGCUGAUAUCAUUCAUUACGAUAAGUAGCCUAUACUAGAGAAAUGUGAAGUUUGAAAUGGAAUAAGUUUGCUAAUAUGGGUGAUUGUUAAUGGGACAAUUGAUGGAUACAACCAUCAAACUAGUAGUAGUUUAAAAAAAACUAAGGUCUAAGGGCCCGGGGGUUGGGUUUCUACUAAGCUAACAAAUGGAAUUGUUUUUAAGAUGAUCAUAACAAGGAUCAUUUAGCAAUUGAUUUGGAAUUUUUUGACCCCUGGAAAUACAGUGCAUUCGGAAAGUAUUCAGACCCCUUGACUUUUUCCACAUUUUGUUAGGUUACAGCCUUAUUCUAAAAUGGAAUAAAUUGUUGUUGUUUUUUCUCAUCUAUCUACACACAAUACCCUAUAAUGACAAAAGCAGUAACAGUUUUGUAGACAUUUUUGCGUAUAAUUUUAGGAUUCUUGGUCACCUCCCUGACCAAGUCCCUUCUCCCCCGAUUGUACAGUUUGGCCAGGCAGCCAGCUCUAGUCUUGGUGGUUCCAAACUUCUUCCAUUUAAGAAUGAUAGAGGCCACUGUGUUCUUGGGGACUGCAGAAAUGUUUUGGUACCGUUCUCCAGAUCUGUGCCUCGACACAAUCCUGUCUUGGAGCUCUACGGACAAUUCCUUUGACCUCAUGAAUUGGUUUUUGCUCUGACAUGCACUGUCAACUGUGGGACCUUAUAUAGACCGGUGUGUGCCUUUCCAAAUCAUGUCCAAUCAAUUUAAUUUACCACAGGUGGACUCCAAGUUGUAGGAACAUCUCAAGGAUGAUCAAUGGAGACAGGAUGCACCUGAGCUCAAUUUCGAGUCUCAUAGCAAAGAGUCAUUAUGGGGUAUUGUGUGUAGAUUGAGGAAAAUGUUUUAUUUAAUCAAUUUUAGAAUAAGGCUGUAACGUAACAAAAUGUGGAAAAAAAUCAAGGGGUCUGAAUACUUUCCGAAUGCACUGUAUAGCACACUAUUUUACAUACAGCAUUAUUUUAUUUUUUUAAAGGACCAAAGAGUUUGGUCUGCUUCGUGUUUUCAUUCGCGUGGAUGCGGCCUCCACAGAAGUCAGAGCAUGCAUACUUUUUGCACUUCGGGGAGCUGACAUACGCAUCCAAUAAAUUGGUCUGCACCGCACCACUCGUAGUGAUUCAGGGUUCAUCUCUAUAGCCAUCCAGCUAAUUACGAGCAACUGGCUAAAUGAAAAGACCUUACCUCUUGUGAGUUGUUGGGGAGUCUGUUUCCCGGUGCUUGACAUAGGAGCUCAGCCACGAUAGCAUGAUGUAAAAAGGCGGCACCAUUUUCCCACCUGCAUCUCCAUCCUGAAUCUCCCCAUUGCCCCCCAGCAAAAUUAGCCUACAUUUAGGAUAUUGUUUAUAUGUGUAUUUCACACUAUGUUGAGGAACAAAUCGGAGUAUAAUGCUUGUAUGGAUGUCAACCCCAAUGCUUGUUCAUGUCAUGGUCAUCAAUCAUCUGCGUUACAGUUAAAAACGACUGACUAACGACCGAUUUCUGUAUGCUAGCUAUGCUACCAGCUUAUACGAACGGGAGUUAGCAUUUAGCAGUCACUUCUUCUAAACCUGAAAAGGGACGACUUCUAAAUGUUAUGCAGCGAAAACAGCCAAAUAUAUCCAAAUCGGGUUUUAGGAACCACAUUUGUGGGCCUGUUACCAUGCAUCAAUCAUAACGGAUUUUACAAAUAUCCACUUUGUUAGAUCAUAUUUGUUGAAUGUGCGCCAAUCCUUCAAUCCACCACGGUCUGCAUUCCAUUGAUCUCUUUACCACAUCUAUCCCCAUUAUCUCCCCGAUCUCUUUCCAGGAGUUCAAACUCAUUUUCGUGUCUUUGAAAUUUCUACACGAGGUAUCAUAAAGAUGCAUUUUAUUUGUGAACUUGUUCUGAUAGCCUUUCAUCAAAGUUCUCCAUGUUUGUUUUCAAGGAAUUUAGUUUGUGUUUAUACAGGAUGUAUCUCCCACACCUACCAUCAACCAAUCAUGUCAUUGCGGAGCUAUGCAGAGCCCUCCACAUUGUUACAAAAUUUGUGAGGCGCACGGCAUGUGGGUGGAUUUUUUUUUCUAGUCGCACUGGUGCUCCCAAAAUAAAUGUCAGGUCACACAGCAAAAUAUUUAGGAGCAUAUGCUUUAGUCGCACUUUAGAGACCUGGUUGCAAGGUAUCCCGAAUUCUACAGCAUUUUAUGACACCUGUUUUUGCUUGUGGUGUGGAGGGUAGUGUGUCGAUACAAUUUCAAGCACGGUGUAUAACUGGCUUUAGAGAAAAUAUUCAGACAGGCAUUGCUGACAGUCCCUUCUAACGUACUAAAAUGGUUCCAACUGACGAUUGUUUACGCUUUUCUGCUUAACAGAAGCCUUGCGCUGCUGUUUAAUAUAUUUAGCCAAGAAACCUCUAGUCAUAAGUAAAGUUCCAGGUCCCCUUUCAUGCCACUCCCCUUGCCCCCUCAGUAACACAGUAUUUUAGUGCAGGCCGGGCACAAUGCCAUGACUAGUAGGAAUGGACCAAGGCCAGAAUCAGUAGACUUUAUCGAUGCCAAGGCUCAAUGGAGUAGGCCAAUGCCAGACCUGAGCCUGACAGAACCCAGCAGAACCAGAAACACAAUAUUUGCCCACGGAUCCGAAAGCGAAGAGUGAUCGCUCUCUUUUAGAGUCGAAAGGGCAUAGGAAUGUAACGUUUAAACAACCAUUUUUAUAUCGUUUUUCCAUUAAAACUAUAAGAAAUUCAUAAACUUCCAUGUGAAUUCACAAUGUUGCUGCCAUUAAUGGUUUGGGUCUCACGGUGUGUCCCUUUCAGAUGGUUAAGCAUUGCACCUGUACUACCAUUACUGUACCCCAAUUCCACCUCGUAAAGUUUGCAUUUCCUUCUCAUUUAACUUCUCAAAGUAUUACCAUACAGGACUUAGGCCCCGUGUAGCUCAGUUGGUAGAGCAUGGCGCUUGCAACGCCAGGGUUGUGGGUUCGAUUCCCACGGGGGGCCAGUAUGAAAAAAAAAAAAAAAUGCACUAACUGUAAAGUCGCUCUGGAUAAGAGCAUCUGCUAAAUGACUAAAAUGUAAAUGUAGGUGCUGUCGCUUGCAUUUUUCAAAAGUUACUGACGAUGAUGUGGUGGUGGAGAGUUGACUCCAAAAUAAUUGCAUGUCCACUGCCAUUUCUGUGUCAACAGAUAUCUUUAUAUGAUGACGAGAUGCUCAUGUCUCCGCCCUAACAAUGGGAGUUGUCCCAAAAGCGGGAAGGCAGGCGACAAGCUUAGGUCCAAAACAAGGCUUAUUUUGGACAGAUUUUGGCGAGAGUGAAACCUCUCGCUUCACCUCUUCCUCUCUGGUGUCAGGAUUCAAUUCCGCUAAGAAUCGACUCCUAAGAUUCAGUAUUUUUGAAACGGAGGAGACUGAUUUAGUUGCUGUACUUCCGAGAACAGAAACACUUGCAUCUUUCAUAGUGAGCUAGCAAGGGACGGGGAGGGGCACAGUAAAGAAAGGUUCGGUCACCAGGCGGACGGAGUCAAAACCGUGCACUAGGCGAAUCUAUCGGCAAUCAAAAGCUGUAUUUUACAAUGGAAUGUUGUAUCUUGCAAUUUCUUGGCUUGCAAUGUCUCACAACUUCAGUAAAGCAGGGCCUGUCAUCAAUGAAUAGGCUAGGAUAUUCUACACACAACAGACCGAAGUCUGAAUACACUCGCAUCAUUAGCGAAGAGCAAGGGCAGCCAUGCCUCGCAAAGUAGCCUAAAGUUCGCCUCUUUCUCUUGAUUUAAUUUUAAUUAUACAACUUUCCCCAGGCCUUUAUAGCCUACCGUCUAGUUAGGCUAUAACUCGGAAAAUAAUAUGUUUUGUUUUACCUGCACUGUGAUUUAUAAUUUUGUUUUUAAAAUAUUAAACAUAAAUUAGGGAUUUUUCUUAACGUUAAAGAUCCCAAUUUAAAAAGUUCACACCCCUAAAAGAGCCCAUUCCUCAAUCCGCACCAGGGCUUUAAAAUAAGGCCUUUGUGUUAUUGUUUCUGAUAUCUGUGGUUUAUGGUGCUCUCAAGUAUGGACUCCCUCUCUCUCUCUCACACACACACACACUUGAUUUCUAAUCUGACUAUAUACCUUAACCUACACUUUUUUUUUAAAUAACUCUUAUUGGUUUAUUUUCCAGUCUGCCCUGCUUUCAUUGGCCGUUUGUAGUUGUUGCUCUGGCCUCAUUGGCUGGCUGGAGAGUGUUCUAUAUUUUCAUUGGCCAGAUGGGGGUUGCGUUCUCCCACUGACUGUGUUACAGAGGUGCUAGCUAUGGAUUUUAUUAAGCAUCUCCAUAACAGCAAUGCAACCAUGACCACUGCCUCCCAAUCUGCCAAUUGGCUGCGUACAAACACCUCUGCAGGUGACUUCACUUUUCCUUUCUCUCCUUUUCACCUUAAUUUCUUAUUUUCUUUCUCCUGACGUUGUCUUGAAGUCUGUUACUUUUAUUACUCUCUUUGCCUCUCCCUCUCAAGUUCCAUCUCUUUUCAAACUCUUCUCUUUCCGCUUCUCAACAGUUCAUUGAUAAAAAUCUAAUUUCUCGCAGCAUCUCUCCUCUCCCACCCUCUCUCCCCAGGAGCCUCUGGGAUCUAGCCCACGGGUGUGCCCCACCUAGGGAACUACCUUGGGGCUCUGGAGAGCUGGGUGUCCCUGCAGAGCCAGUACCCCUCAGUGCUCUACAGCAUAGUGGACCUGCACUCCAUCACCCAGUCCCAGGACCCCGCCCUGCUGCGGGUCAACAUACUGGACAUGGCUGCUGGCCUGUGGCAUCGACCCAGAGACAAUAAUCCUCUUCCAAUACAGUCACAGGUUAGUCAGACACACAUGCAGGCAGGCACACACUCCUACAUACAUACACAUACACACAUACACAUACAUAAUCACUGCUCUAUUAAGAGUUUGAGUCUAUUUUCUAAUGUGGUGUUUCAAACAGUUGGAAAAGCUGAGUGUGUGUUUGUGAUUUCGCGGUCUGAGCAGGCUGCCUUGGAUCUGUUUCCCAGCAUGUCAUCAAGAGAGUCAGCUGGAGUGGCGGCCAUAUUGGAAUGUUUAUUUUAUCAUGGCAAGCUCUGAAUGGUUACCUAAUGCAGGCAGUUUAAAACCCUUAUUUUAUCACUCCGAUCCUUAUCUUCACUGUUUGCUCUGCAAAUUCACAGGGAUUAUGAAAACACAUUGGCAAACCACCAUUUACUUCAGAGGAAGCCACAUGAAGGGGAUAACGAUAGAUUUACUGUAUGCACCACUUCAACAGAUCAGUAUUUUUUGGGGGUAAACUCCUGAGUUAGGAAAAUAAGUGUAAUCCGAAUAGACAUUUUCUUCUCCCUUGACACCUAAAAUGUGUGUUUGUAUGUGUGUGUCACACUAUCUCUGCAAGUGCCAUAAGUGUUUUGAUAGUGUGGUCCAUCUGUGAUAUUUCUCACACACACACACACACACACUGAGCCCUAUUUUUAUUCCCGUUUAGCUUCAUGCCACAUAUCUUGGCAGCGAAGGGAAUCUCCUAUUGAACAAACUAACCGGAGUCUGUUCCACAUGUACAAAUACCACUACCGCCCAAAGAAAACACUUGACUUUAUUGAAGAAAUGGUGACCAGUUGAAAUCAAUAGUGUCUUAAGUGAAGGGCCUUCAGCUUGAAAAUAUUGUGUGUGUGCGAGAGAAAGACCAAAGUAAAGUUACACCAGUGGAAGCUCCUCAGAGGAGGAACGGGAAGACCAUCCUACUCAGUGAAUUUCAUAAAAAAUUUAAAUAGUGAAACGUUAAAGUUAUCCUUUUUAGAUAAAACUAUACUAAAUAUAUACACGUCAACAAAUAAUUAAUUAAAACACACUGUUUUGCAAUGAAGGUCUACAGUCGUGGUCAAAAGUUUUGAGAAUGACACAAAAACGAAUUUUCACAAAGUAUGCUGCCUCAGUUUUGAUGAUGGCAAUUUGCAUAUACUCCAGAAUGUCAUGAAGAGUGAUCAGAUGAAUUGCAAUUAAUUGCAAAGUCCCUCUUUGCCAUGAAAAUGAACUUAAUCCCCAAAAAACAUUUCCACUGCAUUUCAGCCCUGCCACAAAAGGACCAGCUUCCAUCAUGUCAGUGGUUCUCUCGUUAACACAGGUGAGAUUGUUGACGAGGACAAGGCUGGAGAUCACUCUGUCAUGCUGAUUGAGUUAGAAUAACAAACUGGAAGCUUUAAAAGGAGGGUGGUGCUUGAAAUCAUUGUUCUUCCUCUGUUAACCAUGGUUACCUGCAAGGAAACACGUGCCGUCAUCAUUGCUUUGCACAAAAAGGGCUUAACAGGCAAGGAUAUUGCUGCUAGUAAGAUUGCACCUAAAUCAACCAUUUAUCGGAUCAUCAAGAACUUCAAGGAGAGAGGUUCAAUUGUUGUGAAGAAGGCGUCAGGGCGCCCAAGAGAGUCCAGCAAGCGCCAGGACCGUCUCCUAAAGUUGAUUCAGCUGCGGGAUCGGGGCACCACCAGUGCAGAACUUGCUCAGGAAUGGCUGCAGGCAGGUGUGAGUGCAUCUGCACGCACAGUGAGGUGAAGACUUUUGGAGGAUGGCCUGGUGUCAAGAAGAGCAGCAAAGAAGCCACUUAUCUCCAGGAAAAACAUCAGGGACUGACUGAUAUUCUGCAAAAGGUACAGGGAUUGGACUGCUGAGGACUGGGAUAAAGUCAUUUUCUCUGAUGAAUCCCCUUUCCGAUUGUUUGGGGCAUCCGGAAAACACCUUGUCCAGAGAAGAGAAGGUGAGCGCUACCAUCAGUCCUGUGUCAUGCCAACAGUAAAGCAUCCUGAGACCAUUCAUGUGUGGGGUUGCUUCUCAGCCAAGGGAGUGGGCUCAGUCACAAUUUAGCCUAAGAACACAGCUAUGAAUAAAGAAUGGUACCAACACAUCUUCCGAGAGCAACUUCUCCCAACCAUCCAAGAACAGUUUGGUGACGACCAAUGCCUUUUCCAGCAUGAUUGAGCACCUUGCCAUAAGGCAAAAGUGAUAACUAAAUGGCUCGGGGAACAAAACAUUGAAAUUUUGGGUCCAUGGCCAGGAAACUCCCCAGACCUUAAUCCCAUUGAGAACUUGUGGUCGAUCCUCAAGAGGCGGGUGGACAAACAAAAACCCACAAACUCCAAGCAUUGAUUAUGCAAAAAUGGGCUGCCAUCAGUCAGGAUGUGGCCCAGAAGUUAAUUGACAGCAUGCCAGGGCGGAUUGCAGAGGUCUUGAAAAAGAAGGGUCAACACUGCAAAUAUUGACUCUUUGCAUAAACUUAAUGUCAUUGUCAAUAAAAGCCUUUGACACUUAUGGAAUGCUUGUAAUUAUACUUCAGUAUACCAUAGUAACAUCUGACAAAAAUAUCUCAUAACACUGAAGCAGCGAACUUUGUGAAGACCAAUACUUGUGUCAUUCUCAAAACUUUUGAUCACGACUGUACAGUAGCCUCAACAGCACUCUGUAGGGUAGCACCAUGGUGUAGCCAGAGGACAGCUAUUUUCCGUCCUCUGGGUGCAUUGACUUCAAUACAAAACCUAGGAGGCUCAUGGUUCUCACCCGCUUCCAUAGACUUACACAGUAAUUAUGACGACUUCCGGAGGACGCCCUCCAACCCAUCAGAGCUCAUGCAGCAUGAACUGACAAGUUGUCCAUCCAAUCAAAGGAUCAGAGAAUGAAUAUUGUACUGAAAGCAUAAGCUGCAGCUAGCUAGCACUGCAGUGCAUAACAUGUGGUAAGUAGUUGACUCAAAGAGAGAGAAAGACAAUAGCUUAACAGUUUUGAACAAAUGUAUUUCUUAAAUGGAGAAGUAGCAGAGAGGGAGAAAAAGCUAGCUAUAUUUCGUUGUAUUUUUUUCUUCUUCUUAGUUUACCUUUCACUUGCUUAGCUAAUGCAGCUGAUUUAGCCUACUCAACAACCUGACUCAAACAGAGAGGAAUGCUAUUUAUUUUAGCUAGCUGGCUAAGGCCAUCCAACACUGCAUCUCUUCCAAGUCAAGGUAAGCUUUUGGGUUUAUUCAUUUAUUGCCACCGGGGCCCACCGGUGUAAUUGUACACAUGGAUUGGGUUGUGGGUUUACUAAAGCGUUAGUUCUAGUUUGUUGACCAUGACGUUCGCUAAUAUGGUUACAACGAUGUAGAAGUGUAAGGUUUGAAGGUUUGGCUUGGAGAGGUUUCUGUGCCUGGUCACAGAUAGCUGUUGUGUUGUUCACUGAAGUCCACAAGCAAAGGGAAAAGGUGAGAGGAGGAGAGCGUGCAGAUGCGAGAAGAAAUUAUACAACGAGCAAAGUGAUAAUGCUGUAUGUGGCUGCUAUGAAAGUGAACUGUGUGUGGCGGGUGAUCAAGAGUGUAUUCAUUCUGCCGAUUCUGGAUGGACCUACCUGAAUUUGUCCAAAAGAAACUCAUUUUGGACUAAUGAUUACACCCCAGAUCAGCUAGAUGCAGGCAAGAGGUACCGGUGCAUCAAGUCUGACAGCAACAGGCUCUUGAACAGCUUUUAUCCCCAAGCAAUAUGACUGAUAAAUAGCUAACAAAAUAGCUAUACGGACUAUCUGAGUUAACCUAGCAUCUUUAUUGACCUUUUAUUUCAAUAUUUGCACUGUCUCUAUGCUUACUCACAGGGCCCUUCACCCUCACACACACUGUCACUCCAACACACAUACAAACACUCACUCCAUCAUUUUCUUACUCACACAUACAGUGAGGGGAAAAAAGUAUUUGAUCCCCUGCUGAUUUUGUACGUUUGUCCACUGACAAAGACAUGAUCAGUCUAUCAUUUUAAUGGUAGGUUUAUUUUAACAGUGAGAGACCAGAAUAACAACAAAAAAAUCCAGAAAAACGCAUGUCAAAAAUGUUAUAAAUUGAUUUGCAUUUUAAUGAGGGAAAUAAGUAUUUGACCCCUCUGCAAAACAUUACUUAGUACUUGGUGGCAAAACCCUUGUUGGCAAUCACAGAGGUCAGACGUUUCUUGUAGUUGGCCACCAGGUUUGCACACAUCUCAGGAGGGAUUUUGUUCCACUCCUCUUUGCAGAUCUUCUCCAAGUCAUUAAGGUUUUGAGGCUGACGUUUGGCAACUCGAACCUUCAGCUCCCUCCACAGAUUUUCUAUGGGAUUAAGGUCUGGAGACUAGCUAAACCACUCCAGGACCUUAAUGUGCUUCUUCUUGAGCCACUCCUUUGUUGCCUUGGCCGUGUGUUUUGGGUCAUUGUCAUGCUGGAAUACCCAUCCACGACCCAUUUUCAAUGCCGUGGCUGAGGGAAGGAGGUUCUCACCCAAGAUUUGACGGUACAUGGCCCCGUCCAUCAUCCCUUUGAUGCGGUGAAGUUGUCCUGUCCCCUUAGCAGAAAAACACCCCCAAAGCAUAAUGUUUCCACCUCCAUGUUUGACGGUGGGGAUGGUGUUCUUGGGGUCAUAGGCAGCAUUCCUCCUCCUCCAAACACGGCGAGUUGAGUUGAUGCCAAAGAGCUCGAUAUUGGUCUCAUCUGACCACAACACUUUCACCCAGUUCUCCUCUGAAUCAUUCAGAUGUUCAUUGGCAAACUUCAGUCGGCCCUGUAUAUGUGCUUUCUUGAGCAGGGGGACGUUGCGCCGCUGAAGGAUUUCAGUCCUUCACGGCGUAGUGUGUUACCAAUUGUUUUCUUGGUGACUAUGGUCCCAGCUGCCUUGAGAUCAUUGACAAGAUCCUCCCGUGUAGUUCUGGGCUGAUUCCUCACCAUUCUCAUGAUCACUGCAACUCCACGAGGUGAGAUCUUGCAUGGAGCCCCAGGCCGAGGGAGAUUGACAGUUCUUUUGUGUUUCUUCCAUUUGCGAAUAAUCGCACCAACUGUUGUCACCUUCUCACCAAGCUGCUUGGCGAUGGUCUUGUAGCCCAUCCCAGCCUUGUGUAGGUCUACAAUCUUGUCCCUGACAUACUUGGAGAGCUCUUUGGUCUUGGCCAUGGUGGAGAGUUUGGAAUCUGAUUGAUUGAUUGCUUCUGUGGACAGGUGUCUUUUAUACAGGUAACAAGCUGAGAUUAGGAGCACUCCCUUUAAGAGUUUUUCUGGAUUUUUUUGUUGUUAUUCUGUCUCUCACUGUUCAAAUAAACCUACCAUUAAAAUUAUAGACUGAUCAUUUCUUUGUCAGUGGGCAAACGUACAAAAUCAGCAGGGGAUCAAAUACUUUUUUCCCUCACUGUAAUAUGCACAGAUAUGUAUACUCAAAAUCAAAUCAAAUGUUAUUUGUCAAAUGCGCUGAAUACAACAGGUGUAGACCUUACCGUGAAAUGCUUACUUACAAGCCCUUAAUUAACAAUGCAGUUUUAAGAAAAUAGAGUUAAGAAAAUAUUUACUAAAUAAACUACAGUAAAAAAAAUUAAAACAUAUAUAAAUAAAAAAUAAGUAACACAAUAAAAUAACAAUAAUCAGGCUAUAUACAGGGGGUACUGGUACCGAGUCAAUGUGCAGGUUAGUCGGGAUAAUUUGUACAUGUAGGUAAGGGUAACAUGACUAUGCAUAGAUAAUAAACUGCGAGUAGCAGCAGUGUAAAAAAAAGGGGGGGUGUGUCAAUGAAAAUAGUCUGGGUGAUCAUUUAAAUAAUUGUUCAGCAGUCUUAUGGCUUGGAGGUAGAAGCUGUUAAAGAGCCUUUUGGAUCUAGACUUGGCGCUCCGGUACCGCUUGCCGUGCGGUAGCAGGGAGAACAGUGUAUGACUUGGGUGGCUGAAGUCUUUGACAAUUUUUUGGGCCUUCCUCUGACACCGCCUGCUAUAUAGGUCCUGGAUGGUAGGAAGCUUGGCCCCAGUGAUGUACUGGGCUGUACGCACUACCCUCUGUGGCGCCUUACAGUUGGAUGCCGAGCAGUUGCCAUACCAGGCGGUGAUGCAACCGGUCAGGAUGCUCUCGAUGGUGCAGCUGUAGAACUUUUUGAGUAUCUGGGGACCCAUGCCAAAUCUUUUCCGUCUCCUGUGGGAGAAAGGUGUUGUCGUGCCCUCUUCACAACUUUCUUGGUGUGUUUGGACCAUGAUAGUUUGUUGGCGAUGUGGAUACCAAGGAACUUGAAACUCACGACCCGCUCCACUACAGCCCUGUCGAUGUGAAUGGGGGCGUGUUCGGCCCUCCUUUUCCUGUAGUCCACGAUCAUCUCCUUUGUCUUGCUCACGUUGAGGUAGAGGUUGUUGUCCAGGCACCACACUACCAGGUCUCUGACCUCCUCCCUAUAGGCUGUCUCAUCGUUGUCGGUGAUCAAGCCUACCACUGUUGUGUCGUCAACAAACUUAAUAAUGGUGUUGGAGUUGUGCUUGGCCACGCAGUCGUGGGUGAACAGGGAUUACAGGAGGGGACUAAGGACGCACCCCUGAUGGGCCCCUGUGUUGUGUUGUUGCCUACCCUUUCCUCCUGGGGGUGGCCCGUCAGGAAGUCCAGGCUCCAGUUGCAGAGGGAGGUGUUUAGUCCCAGGGUCCUUAGCUUAGUGAUGAGCUUUGUGGGCACUAUGGUGUUGAACGCUGAGCUGUAGUCAAUGAACAGCAUUUUCACAUACAGUGAGGGGAAAAAAGUAUUUGAUCCCCUGCUGAUUUUGUACGUUUGCCCAUUGACAAAGACAUGAUCAGUCUAUAAUUUUAAUGGUAGGUUUAUUUGAACAGUGAGAGACAGAAAAACAACAAAAAAAUCCAGAAAAACGCAUGUCAAAAAUGUUAUAAAUUGAUUUUAAUGAGGGAAAUAAGUAUUUGACCCCCCUGCAAAACAUGACUUAGUACUUGGUGGCAAAAGCCUUGUUGGCAAUCACAGAGGUCAGACGUUUCUUGUAGUUGGCCACCAGGUUUGCACACAUCUCAGGAGGGAUUUUGUCCCACUCCUCUUUGCAGAUCUUCUCCAAGUCAUUAAGGUUUCGAGGCUGACGUUUGGCAUCUCGAACCUUCAGCUCCCUCCACAGAUUUUCUAUGGGAUUAAGGUCUGGAGACUGGCUAGGCCACUCCAGGACCUUAAUGUGCUUCUUCUUGAGCCACUCCUUUGUUGCCUUGGCCGUGUGUUUUGGGUCAUUGUCAUGCUGGAAUACCCAUCCACGACCCAUUUUCAAUGCCUUGGCUGAGGGAAGGAGGUUCUCACCCAAGAUUUGACGGUACAUGGCCCCAUCCAUCGUCCCGUUGAUGCGGUGAAGUUGUCCUGUCCCCUUAGCAGAAAAACAACCCCAAAGCAUAAUGUUUCCACCUCCAUGUUUGACGGUGGGGAUGGUGUUCUUGGGGUCAUAGGCAGCAUUCCUCCUCCUCCAAAGACAGCGAGUUGAGUUGAUGGCAAAGAGCUCGAUUUUGGUCUCAUCUGACCACAACACUUUCACCCAGUUCUCCUCUGAAUCAUUCAGAUGUUCAUUGGCAAACUUCAGACGGGCCUGUAUAUGUGCUUUCUUGAGCAGGGGGACCUUGCAGGCGGUGCAGGAUUUCAGUCCUUCACGGCGUAGUGUGUUACCAAUUGUUUUCUUGGUGACUAUGGUCCCAGCUGCCUUGAGAUCAUUGACAAGAUCCUCCCGUGUAGUUUUGGGCUGAUUCAUCACCGUUCUCAUGAUCAUUGCAACUCCACGAGGUGAGAUCUUGCAUGGAGCCCCAGGCCGAGGGAGAUUGACAGUUCUUUUGUGUUUCUUCCAUUUGCGAAUAAUCGCACCAACUGUUGUCACCUUCUCACCAAGCUGCUUGGCGAUGGUCUUGUAGCCCAUUCCAGCCUUGUGUAGGUCUAGAAUAUUGUCCCUGACAACCUUGGAGAGCUCUUUGAUCUUGGCCAUGGUGGAGAGUUUGGAAUCUGAUUGAUUGAAUGCUUCUGUGGACAGGUGUCUUUUAUACAGGUAACAAACUGAGAUUAGGAGCACUCCCUUUAAGAGUGUGCUCCUAAUCUCAGCUCGUUACCUGUAUAAAAGACACCUGGGAGCCAAAAAUCUUUCUGAUUGAGACGGGGUCAAAUACUUAUUUCCGUCAUUAAAAUGCAAAUCAAUUUAUAACAUUUUUGACAUGCGGUUUUCUGGAGUUUUUUGUUGUUAUUCUGCCUCUCACUGUUCAAAUAAACCUACCAUUAAAAUUAUACACUGAUCAUUUCUUUGUCAGUGGGCAAACGUACAAAAUCAGCAGGGGAUCAAAUACUUUUUUCCCUCACUGUAGGUGUUCCUUUUCUCCAGGUGGGAAAGGGCGAUUGAGAUUGCGUAAUCUGUGGAUCUGUUGGGGCGUUAUGCGAAUUGUAGUGGGUCUAGGGUUUCCGGGGUGAUGGUAUUGAUGUGAGCCAUAACCAGCCUUUCAAAGCACUUCAUGGCUACUGAUGUGAGUGCUAUGGGGCGGUAGUAAUUUAGGCAGGUUAUCUUCGCUUUCUUGGGCACAGGCACUAUGGUGGUCUGCUUGAAACAUGUAGGUAUUACAGACUCGGUCAGGGAGAGGUUGAAAAUGUCAGUGAAAACACUUGCCAGUUGGUCCGCUCAUGCUCUGACUACACGUCCUGGUACGUCUGAUCCCGCGGCCUUGUGAAUGUUGACCUGUUUAAAGGUCUUGCUCACAUCGGCUACGGAGAGCGUGAUCACACAGUCGUCCGGAACAGCUGGUGCUCUCAUGCAUGCUUCAGUUUUGCUUGCCUCGAAGCGAGCAUAAAAGGCAUUUAGCCUGUCUGGUAGGCUCGUGUCACUGGGCAGCUCGCGGCUUUGAACUUCUCUAAUUGUUACCAUGCACCUGCAACAAGAUAGCUCAGAUGUGCGAGUGCAUUUUUCAUGUUGAAAGUAAAACACACCAACAGUAAAUGUACCGGUAUCAAAUACAUUUUUUAUUACAAACAAGAAACACUUUUCAAUGAGGACAGAAAUCCACUUUGGGUUGAAAAAAAUAACUUCAUCAAAAACAGUAGAAAAUGAAUGCAUUAAUAGCUAUAAAUAAAAUGCAAACAAAAUACAUAAAACUACUUCUUAACCAUGGCCUCUAAAAUGGCCAUAAGGCGUGCCUCACAGGCAGUCACCUCCUUCUCCCACCUCCCCAUCUGGACCCUUUUGGGAGAGCGAGGAGCCCACAUCUGCUGUUUAUUUGUGCUUAAGCCUAAGGUUCUCCCACUUAUUUUUCACCCAUGCAGGUGACAGCUGCCCUUCCAGCACACACUCAUUUUAUGUAGAUCCUGCAAAGACAUUAGAUUAAGUACAACAUUAACCAAAACAUGAGUAAAGUAGAGUUGUUUGAACUUUAUGUAGCUAGAUGGUCACAUACUUUAUAAAAUUGGCCUGCCAAGGUGAAACAGUAACGAGUGCAGCCUACCAUUACUUUACCUUAACGGGUGUGUACUCCAAACAGUUGCAAAACGUUUUGCAACAAAAACUAGCGUUUUUCUAUUGGACAGGUUCAGCAAACAGGGAGGGAACCUGCCUGAAUCUGUCCAAUAGAAAAACUUGUUUUCAUUGCAAAACAGAACAUUUUGCAACUGUUUGGGGUAAUGAUUACACCUAUAUAUGCAAUGAAACUAGCUAGCUAGGCUAACGUUAAAUAUGAAGUUGACGCUCAACAGCAAGUAACCACGUAGCUAGCUAACGUUACUGUUCGAACACUUAUAACUUCUUGUCCUAGCUAGCUACUAAAGCACAUAGCUAGUUAAAGGCACAGCAGGCAGCUACAAAGCCAAAAUGAGUAUAACAUCCUGGCAUUUACAGCAUACUCUAUUUUUUUCUCAAUAAAAAUUACAUACUAUAAAACGUUAUUUUCACAUACUGAGAAUGAGUCAUGCGUGAUUGCGUUGUUUCCCGCUUUUGGUUCAUUUCGGUAGCGCAUCCCCAUAUCUAAUUGACAGCUGAUUAUCAGCUGUUAUCAAAGCCGAAAUGAGUAGGACAUCCGGGCAUUUAAAGUAUACUCGAUUUUCAAAAUGUCACAUACUAUAAAAAAUAAUUUUUUCGAAUACUCAAACAGCCUACUAUUCAGGACGCAAGUAUUGGUAUUCGGACACAGCCACUGUCUGUCACCUUGAUUACUCCAAUUUGUCUCUCGUUCUGUGCACCUAUGUUAUAAACUUUCAUUUGUAGGCUAGGUUGUAGCAACCUCAUGAUGGGUAUACAGUGAGGGGAAAAAAGUAUACGAUCCCCUGCUGAUUUUGUACGUUUGCCCACUGACAAAGAAAUGAUCAGUCUAUCAUUUUAAUGGUAGGUUUAUUUGAACAGUGAGAGACAGAAUAACAACAAAUAAAUCCAGAAAAACGCAUGUCAAAAAUGUUAUCAAUUGAUUUGCAUUUUAAUGAGGGAAAUAAGUAUUUGACCCCUCUGCAAAACAUUACUUAGUACUUGGUGGCAAAAGCCUUGUUGGCAAUCACAGAGGUCAGACGUUUCUUGUAGUUGGCCACCAGGUUUGCACACAUCUCAGGAGGGAUUUUGUCCCACUCCUCUUUGCAGAUCUUCUCCAAGUCAUUAAGGUUUCGAGGCAGACAUUUGACAAAUCAAACCUUCAGCUCCCUCCACAGAUUUUCUAUGGGAUUAAGGUCUGGAGACUGGCUAGGCCACUCCAGGACCUUAAUGUGUUUUGGGUCAUUGUCAUGCUGGAAUACCCAUCCACGACCCAUUUUCAAUGCCCUGGCUGAGGGAAGGAGGUUCUCACCCAAGAUUUGACGGUACAUGGCCCCGUCCAUCGUCCCUUUGAUGCGGUGAAGUUGUCCUGUCCCCUUAGCAGAAAAACACCCCCAAAGCAUAAUGUUUCCGCCUCCAUGUUUGACGGGGGAAUGGUGUUCUUGGGGUCAUAGGCAGCAUUCCUCCUCCUCCAAACACGGCGAGUUGAGUUGAUGCCAAAGAGCUCGAUUUUGCUCUCAUCUGACCACAACACUUUCACCCAGUUCUCCUCUGAAUCAUUCAGAUGUUCAUUGGCAAACUUCAGGCGGCCCUGUAUAUGUGCUUUCUUGAGCAGGGGGACCUUGCGGGCGCUGCAGGAUUUCAGUCCUUCACGGCGUAGUGUGUUACCAAUUGUUUUCUUGGUGACUAUGGUCUCAGCUGCCUUGAGAUCAUUGACAAGAUCCUCCUGUGUAGUUCUGGGCUGAUUCCUCACCGUUCUCAUGAUCAUUGCAACUCCACGAGGUGAGAUCUUGCAUGGAGCCCUAGGCCGAGGGAGAUUGACAGGUCUUUUGUGUUUCUUCCAUUUGCGAAUAAUCGCACCAACUGUUUUCACCUUCUCACCAAGCUGCUUGGUAAUGGUAUUGUAGCCCAUUCCAGCCUUGUGUAGAAUCUUGUCCCUGACAUCCUUCGAGAGCUCUUUGGUCUUGGCCAUGGUGGAGAGUUUGGAAUCUGAUUGAUUGAUUGCUUCUGUGGACAGGUGUCUUUUAUACAGGUAACAAGCUGAGAUUAGGAGCACUCCCUUUAAGAGUGUGCUCCUAAUCUCAGCUCGUUACCUAUAUAAAAGACACCUGGGAGCCAGAAAUCUGUCUGAUUGAGAGGGGGUCAAAUACUUAUUUCCCUCAUUUAAAAUGCAAAUCAAUUUAUAACAUUUCUGACAUGCGUUUUUCUGGAUUUUUUGUUGUUGUUAUUCUGUCUCUCACUGUUCAAAUAAACCUACCAUUAAAAUUAUAGACUGAUCAUUUCUUUGUCAGUGGGCAAACGUACAAAUACUUUUUUCCCUCACUGUAGGUCAAAUUCGAGUAUCAUGUAGUAGCCUAAACAUAUCGACGUUACAUUGAGCUAGGUGAAUGGAAUAUGAAUGACAGUCAUGCCAAUAUGCUGUAAUAGAAGUAAGGCCAUGCUCAUAAAAAAUAAAAUAAAAACUGCCCUCCCUAAUCUUAAAACGGCACCGACCGCCACUGAGUUACACCAUUUCUUAUUGCAAUAACAGCAGCAGAUCCACGAAGCUCUGAGGUUUAUAGGAAUAUCUUGGCUCUGUCCCUAAUGAAAUAAAAGAUGUUGAUCUACUCUGUAAUGACUAACUCUGUCAGAGUCAUCCUAUAAUCACAUAAUCCAUAACAUGACUAGUAGUGUCUUUGUUUCAGAUACUACGAAAGAAGAUAACAUUCAAUAUGAAUGGAGUUGUUGUUCAUUAUGAACCUUCUAAAAUGUAUUUUAUUGCACCUAGAUCCGUAUCAGUGUCUCCUUCCUCACUCUGCUGUCAUCAACAUCUGUCCUAUUUCACUUCCAUCGUCUGUCUGUAACAAAUCCCCCCUCUCUAGCUACAGUAAAAUCUUAGUUUAUGUCACACUCUUUAGAAUCCAUUUUAAGCGGAGAGGGAUGGCAGCCACUUCGCCAGCGCCCAUAAACUUUUAAGUCUCUGAAGCAGAAGGAUUUUGCGCCUUUUUUUUCCACCAAUGAGAGUUGUUGGCAAGGCCCAUAGGUUUUAGAGAGACCCAUGUUGAGAGAGAGAGAGAAGCAUGGGAUGGUUGUAGCGUGAUGCAGAGAGGGAGUUGUUAAAACCAGCCCUGCUAAUGUCCAGGAGAUUGGAGUUAUUUAAUGGCUCUAAUGCCUUGCUACUGAUAUAGUAUAAUGGAGUAUGGCUAUUGGCUAUGCAUCUGGGCAACAGAGCACCUGGCUGUUAGUGCACAUGGUGGCGCUGAGGAGUCCCCCCACCAGUCCCCAGAGGAUCUGAAAGGUGGUGGUGGAGAAGAUACUUUUUUAAUUUUACAGGUGGGCUUAGUUUAAAGACAAUAAUAAUAUUUAGGCUUGGACCAUGUUGAGUGACUGGUUGUGGUGUCUCUCCCUCCCUUCUACAGGUCUCUGAACAUGCUGAACUGUCCUGGGUCCUGGGCUGCUUCAUCAGUAUGACCCGACUCAGACACCUGCCUCAGUGGAAGGUACAUAACAGCUUGGGAAUGCUGUGGGAUUUGAAAUGCAGUGACACAAUCCUGACUUUUUGUGUAAAUUAUGCAUUAAUAUCAAUGGCUGCACAAUUGAGUUGAUGAUCAGUAAAAUUAUUGUUAGUCAAGUUACAAAUGGUGGAAAGUUCAACGGUAUCCUUCCAUCUUCCUCCAUUUCCUUUCUCAUGUUCAACAUCCUGACUAUUGUUAGUCCUGUUUGUUUCUCGUAGCAGCACCUCACCUGCCAGAUCUGUUUGAAUGUUCUCAUAAUGACAGUGAUUUCCCUGGCCACAUGCAGUUUUACUAGGAGGCCAGAGGGAAGGAAAGGACGGCCAGCAGUGUUCUGGUUCUACACUGAAAACAGCUUCUGACAUUUUGUUUACUCAACAGCUGACUUCACGUCAAACAUGGUGGAAAAUGUCCUGUGAUUCAGCCAUGUUGAGUUUGUAUGAGCGAGUGCUCUUCACUCAUAAAGAGAACAUGCCGCCUUAAAGAGAAGCUAACCUGUUAUCUUUUUCUUUGUCUUUCAUUUUCUAUUUUUCUCUCUCCUUGUAAUGUUUCUUUCUCUUUCUUCUUGCUACACCUCUCUCCCCUAUUUCUCUUACUCUCUCUCUCCAGAUGAAAAGUAAACAGAAGAAUGAGGGGCGUGUGGGGCUGUACACUUGCAGGCUGCAGAUAGUAUCCUCUACAAGUGAGAUCAGUCUCUAUUAAGUGUGGGUGUGCUGCAGCAAAUACAUUUAAUUUAAUAAAGUAAAUUCACUGAGUGUGAGGUUUUCUAUGUUCUAUGUUGUUACAGGUCCACUCAAGUCCCUGUAGGAUGAGAUCAGGUCCAACAUCUGGAGUUGGCUCAGGACCUAGCCCGCAUCUUCAACAACACAUACGGAGACUUAUUCCCUGAGCCACCCGCUCUGCUCAGUAAGUUACUGUGCACCACACAGGGGUUACAUCUAUGAUUGCAGGCAGUGUAGUACAUUUCCUCUUACACACGCACUCAUACAUACAGUGGGGAAAAAGUAUUUAGUCAGCCACCAAUUGUGCAAGUUCCCCCACUUAAAAAGAUGAGAGAGGCCUGUAAUUUUCAUCAUAGGUACACGUCAACUAUGACAGACAAAAUGAGAGAAAAAAAUCCAGAAAAUCACAUUGUAGGAUUUUUAAUUAAUUUAUUUGCAAAUUAUGGUGGAAAAUAAGUAUUUGGUCAAUAACAAAAGUUUCUCAAUACUUUGUUAUAUACCCUUUGUUAGCAAUGACACAGGUCAAACGUUUUCUGUAAGUCUUCACAAGGUUUUCACACAUUGUUGCUGGUAUUUUGGCCCAUUCCUCCAUGCAGAUCUCCUCUAGAGCAGUGAUGUUUUGGGGCUGUCGCUGGGCAACACAGACUUUCAACUCCCUCCAAAGAUUUUCUAUGGGGUUGAGAUCUGGAGACUGGCUAGGCCACUCCAGGACCUUGAAAUGCUUCUUACGAAGCCACUCCUUCGUUGCCCGGGCGGUGUGUUUGGGAUCAUUAUCAUGCUGAAAGACCCAGCCACGUUUCAUCUUCAAUGCCCUUGCUGAUGGAAGGAGGUUUUCACUCAAAAUCUCACGAUACAUUGCCCCAUUCAAUCUUUCCUUUACACGGAUCAGUCGUCCUGGUCCCUUUGCAGAAAAACAGCCCCAAAGCAUGAUGUUUCCACCCCCAUGCUUCACAGUAGGUAUGGUGUUCUUUGGAUGCAACUCAGCAUUCUUUGUCCUCCAAACACGAUGAGUUGAGUUUUUACCAAAAAGUUAUAUUUUGGUUUCAUCUGACCAUAUGACAUUCUCCCAAUCCUCUUCUGGAUCAUCCAAAUGCACUCUAGCACACUUCAGACGGGCCUGGACAUGUACUGGCUUAAGCAGGGGGACACGUCUGGCACUGCAGGAUUUGAGUCCCUGGCGGCGUAGUGUGUUACUGAUGGUAGGCUUUGUUACUUUGGUCCAAGCUCUCUGCAGGUCAUUCACUAGGUCCCCCCGUGUGGUUCUGGGAUUUUUGCUCACCGUUCUUGUGAUCAUUUUGACCCCACGGGGUGAGAUUUUGCGUGGAGCCCCAGAUCGAGGGAGAUUAUCAGUGGUCUUAUAUGUCUUCCAUUUCCUAAUAAUUGCUCCCACAGUUGAUUUCUUCAAACCAAGCUGCUUACCUAUUGCAGAUUCAGUCUUCCCAGCCUGGUGCAGGUCUACAAUUGUGUUUCUGGUGUCCUUUGACAGCUCUUUGGUCUUGGCCAUAGUGGAGUUUGGAGUGUGACUGUUUGAGGUUGUGGACAGGUGUCUUUUAUACUGAUAACAAGUUCAAACAGGUGCCAUUAAUACAGGUAACGAGUGGAGGACAGAGGAGCCUCUUAAAGAAGAAGUUACAGGUCUGUGAGAGCCAGAAAUCUUGCUUGUUUGUAGGUGACCAAAUACUUAUUUUCCACCAUAAUUUGCAAAUAAAUUCAUAAAAAAUCCUACAAUGUGAUUUUCUGGAUUCUUUUCUCUCAUUUGUCUGUCAUAGUUGACGUGUACCUAUGAUGAAAAUUACAGGCCUCUCUCAUCUUUUUAAGUGGGAGAACUUGCACAAUUGGUGGCUGACUAAAUACUUUUUUUCACCACUGUACGUAAACAUACUCAAAAUCCAUCUCUCACUCGCUUUCUCUCACUUUCUCUCUCUCUCUCAUACACAUAGAUAUACCCAUAUGGAUACAUACACCUAUGUCCAGAUGCACAUGCACAAAGACACAUGGCCAGCAUGUUCUACUGAUGGAUACUUAACCCCAUUCUGACAUACUCCGUUUUAUACUCCUUCAUUAUUGCCAUCAUGAAAGCACAAGAUGUAACCAACCAUGCGUGCAAUGGAGCUUUGAUUAAAGGACUGUUCCCUUCCUCAUAUAUCUGAGAAAUAAAGUGAUAAUAGAUUUGGGGAGGCGGGAGGGGUAUGUCCUCAAGAUGACUUCAGAGAUGUGUGCGUGUUGAGAUGGAUAGAUAAAAGUGUGUGUGUAUUACAGGGGCGGGUUAGGGACAGUGGUUGGCUCAGGCUGGUUGAUGCUGUCUUCUUGUGUUGUGUUUGGCUACUUACCGAUGGACGUUUUGUGGGAAAGAGACACCAGAGCAGCAGCUUCUGACAGAUCUGCCAAUCAUCAGCCGCCUCUUUGAAACCCAAUCAAAGAUGUCCUCUUAAAUCACCCUGAAACAAAGAGCUCAUCAGGAAAGAGACCCCCCUCCCUUCCCCCUUCAUCCUCUAGUGCCACCCCCCAUGCACCCCUGACUUCUCUGCUGACAGCAUACUGCCAGGACCUGGUUCUUCUUAUCAGGAUAUGAUUAACUGAUGUAAUGAUAUCCCAUGCAUACAUUCACCUUAAUAACAGAGGCUAUAGCCAUAUUGCUGACAAACGCAACCCAGCCUUAACAAGGCCUAUUCUCUUUUCAUCCCAAUCAGGCUCCACACGGAAGGUCAAAUCCCUCCGCGACCCCUCCUCCAAGAUGUCUAAGUCAGACCCUCAGAAGAUGGCCACCGUCAACCUCACUGACUCGCCCGACGACAUCGUCCUCAAAAGAAUCUGCCGCACCAUCACAGACUUCACCUCCAAGGUGACCUUUGACCCUGAGGCUUGUCCGGGUGUGUCCAACCUGGUGCUGAUGCACGCGGAGGAGACGGUGGGACAGGCCAAGGGGCUGGACACAGGGAAGUACAAACUGGUCGCGGAGGCUGUGGUGCAGCGGCUCACACCGAUCAGGGAGGAGAUUGAGAGGCUGAGGGGGGACAGGGGGCACCUGGAGAGGCUGCUGGCCCAGGGAGCCCACAGGACCAGGGAACUGGCUGCACCCAUCCUCAAGGAGGUCCGCCACAGAGUAGGCUUUUGCUGA